CUGUCAUCCGGUGCAGAAGAAACGGUCAUUUGGUAUUUUGGCAAAGGAAGCUGUUUUUCUUUGGCUUUAAAAUUAUCGACGUUUGUUUUUUUUCCGAAAUGUUUGCUUAACCCUUUGAAUUGUUAGUGAUUAACCAAUAGUGAAAGCAUAUUUCAUCGUGCGAUUUAAAAGCCUAUUUUCAAUUAUUUCAUGGUGGAGUGAAAAAAAGCUGUGAAAAUGAGCAUUCGAAAGCAAAGUUGGAAUAAAAAUGAGUUGGCCUUACCUACAGACAAUUUAGACGCACAGUCAAUAGCAGGCAGUGAAGAGCCUGAAGUGGAUUUUCGAAAGAAAAUCAAAUAUGGAAGUCGAAUUCAGGCUGCAUGGGCUGUACUUGGCGAGUUCUUUACGAACAGCACCGUUCAUGGUGUUCGAUAUUUUUCGGAACAAAGACGCCAUUGGAGUGAAAAAAUUUGGUGGAUAAUUGCCUUUGGUCUUUCGCUGUUUUUCUGUGGAUUUUUAAUACAUAAUGUGUGGAUCAAAUGGGACCAGAGUCCAGUAAUUGUGAGUUUUGCCGAAAAAUCCACACCUGUUUGGUCAAUUCCGUUUCCAGCUGUAACCAUUUGCCCGGAAACUAAAACCUAUAUGGAAAAAUUGAACUUUACCGAUGCAUAUCAUACGCUUAUAGCAGGGUUGAAAGAUAAUAUGACUGAAGAAGAAUUAUCGCGAAUGCAGGCGGUUAUUCACCUGUGUGACGCACAUUUGGUGGAAAAUUUCGUAUUAGAGCAGAAAUUUACGACAAAUGCCAUUUUCGAUAUCAUUAAAGACGUCGCUCCUAGUUUCAAUGACACUAUGUUCUUCUGUAAAUGGCGUAAUGAAAACAAUUAUUGCACUGCAUUUUUCCUGCCAACUCUAACGGAAGAGGGCAUUUGCUACACGUUCAAUUCGCUUAAUUCUCGCGAUAUUUAUACAGAUGAAAUGGCUCCCGAAAUGAUGACCGUAACGGAUAAUCCAAAUUCAACACAUUGGAAUUUAGAAGAUGGUUACAGCGAUAUUGAUGGACACUACAGUGAAACAUAUCCGUCGCGUGUGUUUGGUGCGGGAGCAAGAGCUGGACUUUUUGCGCUGCUUCGACUUUACCAACAAGACUUGGAAUAUCUGUGUCGUGGACCAGUGCAAGGCUUCAAAAUUCUUUUGCAUACACCCGGUGAAGUGCCUCAAGUAUCGAAACAUUAUUUCCGUGUGCCAUUAUUACAGGAAGUGUUGGUAUCCGUUAAACCACAAAUGAUCACCACCUCAGAUGGUCUGCGUCAUUACUCGCCAAAUCGACGGCAAUGCUACUUCAAUUCGGAACGUCAAUUGAGAUUCUUCAAAGUGUACACGCAACGAAACUGUGAAUUAGAAUGCCUUUCAAACUUCACUCGCAUUGAAUGCGGGUGUGUUAAAUUCUCAAUGCCAAGGGACAGAAACACCACAAUCUGUGGAGCUGACCAAAUCAAAUGCUAUAAUGAUGCUGAGGAUAGACUGCUCCAGAAAGAUUUUGUAGAAGGGUUGUCCAUGCCUCCGUCUGCUCCAAAAGGUUGUAAUUGCUUGCCCGCAUGCACAUCGAUCACCUACGAUGCAGAAAUUUCCCAGGCCAAAUUCGAUUGGAUUAGUUUGUUCAAUGCAUAUAAAAAUCCAUUGGAUGAGUUCCCUGGUAUGCAACCGGCACGGCUAUCCAUUAACUUCAAGGAGCACGAAUUUAUAACAUCGAAACGUUCGGAAUUGUUCGGUUUAACCGAUUUUAUGGCAAACUGUGGUGGUUUGCUCGGUCUAUUCAUGGGAGUGUCCGUGUUGAGCAUUGUCGAAGUCAUUUACUACUUUACACUUCGGUUGGGCUGUACACUUCGCAUUCGAAGAUCACGUAAGCGCAAGAGUAUGCGACUUCAGAGAAAUGCAGUUGCACCGACUGAGAAACACAUCCCCAAUAUUAUGGUCGUGACACCGGCAGACGAGAAAAAGGAAUAAAGAUAUCCCGCACCACUGAUGAAUUAUUAUGAUUAAUCAAUAUUUUUGAACUUCUCACCAUUUUAAGUACUAACUUCUGAUACUACAUUUAUGUAUAAAAGUGAAAGUGUGGCUGAACUGGUCAUGAACAUCAUGAUUUAACACAUGCAAUCGUUUAGGUAAAGUGGUAGACCGUGAUGACCGACACAGUAUUACAGUUCAAUUUUAUUUAACGCAUUAGAAUAGAAGUUAAAGUACAUUUUGUUCUUAGUAAACAUUAUGCCAAAUAUCCGAAUUAAAGCGAUACGAGCCGACUUAUAUAGUAAAUGUCAUGAGCAUUAUUGUUCAUUUUGAAUGUCGCUAAGAUGAUGACAUCCAUUAGUAGCUAAACGGCUGAAAACUGAACUAACAUCGAACGUAGAAAGUAUUUUGUUGUGGUUUUUCAUGCAAAAUCAAUGCAUUGCAAUCCACAUUCAAGAUUAGAGUCAUAUCGCCGAACGGUGCUUCUAUUGUACUAUUUAAAUUCAUAGAUAUUCUGGUCAAACUAACCAAUAUUCUACAUCUCAAUUGAAAUAGUACGACCUACGCAUCGCUUGACGAUGUUAUAAUCACAGCUUAAAGUAAAUGAGAAUAGUAGAAAAAUCGGUAUGGUAUUCAAAAGUCAUUACUUGUUGAUAAAAUUAGUACGGUUUGGUCACUUUAUUAUUGUUGUUGCUACAUCUUCCUGCACUAUUAUCUAUCCCAAAAAAUUAUCUGUCGCGCCAAAGAUCGAAAUCAAGUAUUUAAAAAGGUUAGAAGUUUUUCAACAAGUUCUUGCCUUAAAAUGGCAUAUUUCGUCAUAAAAUUGAUAAUCCAUUGCAUUUAUUAAUAUCGAAGUUAUAUCAUUAUAUGCUUAUUUAACAACCAGAAUUGAUAUUCAUUCUUAUUGCACGUUGAAAAAAAUCCAUUUGUUUAUGUGAAAGUGACAAAAUAAAUCAGGCAUACGUCAAA